AGCGUCACGUGAGGGCUUAUCGGGAUGCCCAACUGGUCGUCCUCAGGCAGCGACGUGGAAGAUGUGCUGCGGGGUGGAGAGGAUAUCACACCAUGGGAAUCCAUGGGUAAAGUGUUAGUACUGACGACCGACUCUCAGUAUGAAUUACUCGGUAUAGAAUUACUGGGUUAACAUCUUUUGUUUUCAGCAACAGGGGGAAAAAAGAAGGUGCUGAGUCAGCCAAAUUCUUAUCUUAUCGGCGGGGGCUUGCCUGAUUGGGCGAUCGAUCAUCGCCAAAUGGAACAAAAUUAAUAAUUCUCUCCGUCCCUUUGCCUCUUCUUCACAUUUCCCCUCCAUUUCCCCCUCCAUUCUUCCUCCUUCUCCCUUCCACUCCCCCAUCGGAAGGUUUCAUUUCAAUUUUGGUGUACUGUAAGUCGAGUCGCUUCUCCACACAGUCACCAUGGUUCUCGCAAAGUCCAAAAACUCCGUGGGGCUGGGCAACAGCCUCAUGAAGGAUCGUUUCGGAAAGGGAAAGGCAUCGAACAUGAAGAAAGCCUCGCACAAUCAAGCCGUCGCACGGAAGGAUAUGAACGGAGAGACCUACAUCACCAAUGCGAAGGAGGAUGCCGCCUGGGUGAAGAUGCGCAGUAUCACGGAACAAGCCGCUCUCGACGAGUUCCUGAGCACCGCUGAACUGGCAGGCACCGAUUUUACAGCCGAGAAGAUGAACAAUGUCAAGAUUAUCCAUGCCGAUCAGAAAAACCCUUAUCUCCUCUCCGCAUCCGAGGAAAAGUCGGCUGUGAAGAAGCACCAGAAGAACAGAGGACGACUGACCGUUCCGAGACGACCGAAAUGGGAUUCGACGACGACGCGGCAACAACUCGAUGUGAUGGAGAGGGAGAGUUUCUUGUCCUGGCGCAGAGGGUUGGCUGAGCUCCAGGAGAAUCACGAUCUAUUGAUGACACCAUUUGAGCGGAACUUGGAAGUCUGGCGACAGCUUUGGCGUGUCAUUGAACGGUCGGACCUCGUCGUGCAGAUUGUCGAUGCUCGGAACCCGUUACAUUUCCGGUCGGAGGAUCUUGAGUCCUACGUGAAGGAGAUUGAUCCCAAGAAAGAGAACCUUCUCCUCGUCAACAAGGCAGAUAUGCUUACUGAGAAGCAACGAGAGGCCUGGGCAGACUACUUUGAGCGCAAUAACAUCAGCUUCCGAUUCUUUUCUGCCCAGCUAGCGAAGGAGAAAAUCGACGCACAGCUGGCAGAGCAGGGCGACAGUGAGGAUGAAGAGGUCGCGGAGAAGCUGGCGGAGACAACCAUCGAAGAACAGCCGACUGAGGAGCAUGAUGGAGGAUUGAAGCUUCCUGGCUCGAGCAGAUCCCGGAGGACGGAAAUUCUCGAUGUUGAUGAACUCGAAGAACUCUUCCUUUCCAACACCCCCGAUACUCUCCCCGAAAACGACGACCCAGAGAACCCGCGCAAGCAAAAGACAGUCAUUGGUCUUGUCGGUUACCCCAACGUCGGUAAAUCCAGUACCAUCAACGCCCUUCUCGGAGCCAAGAAGGUCUCAGUGUCCGCUACGCCCGGUAAGACGAAGCAUUUCCAGACCCUCUAUCUCUCGCCGGAGAUCAUGCUCUGCGAUUGCCCUGGUCUGGUGUUCCCCAACUUCGCCACAACCAAGGCCGACCUGGUUGUCAACGGUGUCCUGCCCAUCGACCAACAGCGUGAAUUCACCGGCCCGGCCACCAUCAUCGCCCAGCGCGUCCCCAAGCAUUUCCUUGAGAACGUCUACGGAGUCACCAUCCAUACCCGCCCCAUCGAAGAAGGCGGCACGGGCAUCCCCACCGGCAGCGAGCUGCUGCGCGCCUAUGCUCGCGCGCGUGGCUUUUCCACUCAAGGCCUGGGCCAGCCCGAUGAAUCCCGCGCCGCCCGAUACGUCCUGAAGGACUACGUCAAUGGCAAACUUCUCUUCUGUCACCCGCCCCCAGUGCCAGAGGGCCAGACCCCCAUUGACCCCAAUGAGUUCAACGUCGAACUCUACGACAUGGCUCACCUGCCCGCCAGGCGGCAAGAACAGCUCGCCAAAGCCAUGCAGGCAGAGCAAAUGGCCGAGGACAUCGACGAUGACAUUCUCUCUCUGCCCAAACAACCCGUGCAAGGCUCCCGCUCCCGCAAUCUCGACACCGGCUUCUUCGGCGACGCCUCGAAAGGCUCCGCCGGCCGUCUCACCCUCCCCUUCAACGCCCAGUACACCGAACAAGGCCAGCAGAUGCGCCAACAGCUGACCGGCCGUAAGGAGCGCCUGAUGGUCGCCCUGGAACGCGGCAUCGAUGUGACCGAAGUGCGGGGCGGCAGCUCUAAGAAGCAUUUCAAGGGCAACAAGAAGCAGGCGAAGAAGAAGCGCGCCGUGACUGCGGACGAUGAUUACUGAUCCAUUUCUGAUCUGACUCGCGGGCGAGUGGGGUUCAUGUUUGCCUGUGGUUAAUGAAUGAGUUUGGUUGGGUUCUACUUUGUUUGGUUGCAUUUAGAAAAGUUUCUUAUGAUUCUCGGUUUGCUUUAUGUAUGUAGGGUUGGUGUUGAUGUUGACGUUGAUGUUCAUG